AUGACUACAGACAUAUUCUAUUGUGAAGUCUGCAAAAGAGUAUUCGUUACACUUCAACAAGUACAACAACAUGUACAAAAUCAAAUACAUAUUCAAAAACUAAAUCAAAUGGAUGUCUCUAAUGAACAGCCAUCUAUGCGAAUUUUACCGUUUGACAACAAGAUUAAAGAAGAAGAAAAAGAAGAAGAAAAACAACAGGAAGGAUACGGUUGGUAUUUAGAAAAAGCACCAUGGAACAUUCGAAAAAUGUUCACAAUUGAUGAUCAUGGUUACAAAUGCAAUAUGUCAGAAAAUAAACAUGGUGGGAAUGAGGCAUUAGAUAUAUUAAUCAAUGGAUGGAUUAAUACAGGAAGAUUACGUUUAAGUACCCCGGAGGGACUCAUACAUUGGAAAAGGAAUAAAGGCAAGCUGUGUCGUUUGAUUUUGGACACGGCCAAGGAGUUGAACGAUGGUGUUCGUAAUGGCACAGUCGAUGUUAAUUUACAGGUACGCAAUGAUAAUGAUAUCGUAGUUUUUGAAAAAUUUGUAAAUAGUGUCGAUAAUCAUACCGAUAAUGUGGCUGAUGAUAUUCGAGAUUAUAAAAAUGAUGAUGAUGAACAUGACGAUGAUAAUAAUAAAUGUGAUGAUGAUAAUGAUAAACGUAAUAAUGAUCAAAAAAAUGAUUGUUUUCUUUAUAUAAUACGUAACUUCAAAUAA